ACAUAGUGAAACCCCAUCUCUACUAAAAAUACAAAAAAUUAGAUGGGUUUGGUGGCGGGUACCUGUAGUCCCAGCUACUCGCGAGGCUGAGGCAGGAGAAUGGCGUGAACCCGGGAGGCGGAGCUUGCAGUGAGCCUAGAUUGCGCCACUGCACUCCAGCCUGGGGCGACAGAGCGAGAAUCCGUCUCAAAAAAAAAAAAAAAAAAAUCACCAAGACUUAUCAUUCUACCUCUUAAACAUCUGUUAAUUCAAUCUGCUUUCUAUCUCCUCUGCCACCCUUCUAGUCUAAGAUCUCAUUGCCUCCCCCAGACCAUUUAGUAUGGCCUCACAGCUGGUCUCUCUGCCUCGGGUUUUGGCCACUCUACUCCACUUCAAGCCAGUGUAGUCUUUUUAAAAAGUGCAGACUUGGCCAUGUCACUCUUCUCUUUCAAAUCCUUCAGUGGUUAGCAAAAAGUUAGUGGAAUAAAAAAAAAUAAAAUCAUUCAGUGGAUCCCCACUUUGCCCUUUGGAAUGCCCCAGAUUCUUUGCAUGGCAUAUAAGCCACCCACCAUCCUGUCCUUGUCUGUUUUUCCAGCUUCAUCCCAUAUCCCUCAACCCUCACUCUCUGGGUGCCAGUCACACUAUUCUGUUCCUUUGCAGACUCAGGUCCUUCCCCAUGUAGUUCUUUCCAUGUGGAGAGAGCACUUUCUUCAUCCCCUGUGGUCUGGUGAACUCUUACUCAUCCUCCAAGUGUCACUGUUCUCUCAUUUCCUCAGGGAAGACCUUUCCUGUCACCUAGAUAAGGCCAGUUCCCCUUGCUGCAUGCUCCCAUGGCCACCUCACUUUCCUUUUCAUAACUCUGUUGUCUGUCCCCAUUUCAGGGCUGCAGUUCUAUUCAGGAGCUCUCUCUGUCUUGCUCAGUGCAGUGUUCUCAGAACUAGGGCAGUGCAUAGUUCCUUUGAGGUGUUUGAUACAUAGCGACCAAUCUAUCUUCGAUUGAACUAUAUCCUAUAGGCAAUGAGAGACACUGAUACAUUUUACACAGCAAAACACUACAAGAUUGGCAUUUUAAGUAGAUCACUGUGGCAGAGUGCAGGAUGGUUAAGGAAGGGGCAAAACUAGAGGCAGCUAGUGAGAUGUCGUUACAGUAAUUCAGGCAGGAGACCAUGAAGAACUGGGCCAAAACAGAGGUAACGGGGAGAGAAAGAGACAGACUGAGUGAUAAAUCAGAAAACCUGGCAGACUUGUGCUGUGGAAGAGGAGUCACCUGGGGCUUGGGAGUCACUAGGGUGACUCCCAAGUGUGGGAAUGAGAAGGGGAAGAACACCUCUGGUGAGAAAAAUGAGUUCCAUCUUGGAUUUAUUGAGUUUGGGCUGUUUAUGGGACAUGCAGGCAAAGAUGUUCAUCAGGUAGUUGUAUGUGAAUCAUGAAUCAGGAGCUCUAGAGAAAGAUUAGUUCUGAGGCCACUGCCCCUACUGUUGCAGCAAUCCAGGCCCUCCCAUCAUUCCUUUCUUCUCCAGCAUCAUUUCCCUGGGUCGGUUGUUCUCAGCCCUGGCUCCACUUUACAAUCGUCCUGGGUUAUUAAAAACUACCAAUGCCUGAGACUUCCCCAAGACAAAUCAACUCUGAAUUCCUGGAGGUGAUUUUAGUGUGUAGCCAGAAUCAUGGACUACUUCCUAGAUGACUUCCUCCAGUUCCAUGGUUUGAGACUCCUUCAGUGCUCUACAGAACUUUCUGCAGCAAUGGAAAUGUUGCAUAUCUAUGCUGUCCAAUAUGGUAGCCACUAGCUACAUGAGACUCUUAAGCAGUUGAAAUGUGGUGAAAACUGGUGGCCUGAAUGUUUAAUUUUGUUUAAUUAAUCUAAAUUUAAAUUAAAUAGCCCCCUAUGUGUGGUUGGUGGCUACCGUAUUGGACAGGACAGCUCUAUAUGCUAAUGAAUCUGAAAUUUGUUUCUCUCCUGAGCUCCAGGCUUACAUAUUGUCUGAUUUGCAUCUCUUCUUGGAUAUCUAAUAGGGUGUCUUUAAGUUAAUGCAUGCCAGAUGAAACUCUUGAUUUUUUUUCUUCAAAACUUGUUUACCUCCUAGUCUUCCCCAUCUUGGGACACAGCAUCACUUUCCACCCAAUUGCUAAAACCCCAAACAUGGAAGCUAUCUUUUAUUCCUUUUUCCCCCUCUCAUCUCCCUCUUCCAGUUUUUCAGCAAAUUAGUUCUGAGGCCACUGCCCCUACUGUUGCAGCAAUCCAGGCCCUCCCAUCAUUCCUUUCUUCUCCAGCAUUAUUUCCCUGGGUCAGUUGUUCUCAGCCCUGGCUCCACUUUACAAUCGUCCUGGGUUAUUAAAAACUACCAAUGCCUGAGACUUCCCCAAGACAAAUCAACUCUGAAUUCCUGGAGGUGAUUUUAGUGUGUAGCCAGAAUCACUUCUCUUAUCUGUCCUUUCUAAAGUGGCAUUCUUCCCUUCCUGAGACCCAUCUAUCACACCAUUCUGGUUUUCUCGUAUUUCAUAGAAAGCAUCAAAAUUUGUAAUUGUCAGGUAUAGUUUUUAGUUUACUAGCUUAUUGUUUGUCUUCUUUAUGAAGGAGGGUCCUGUCUGUCUUAUUUGUUGCUAUAACCUCCUCACCUAGUGCAAUGCCUGAUACAAAGUAAGUGAUAGAACUGUUAGUUCUAUCAAAUUGACACCUUGAAUCCAUCCACCCCUUUCCAUCUCUAGAAGAGCAUAGGAUAGUCACAGCUAUUUUAGUAAAAGUUACUGCAUCUUCAGUGUGUGCCUUCUGAGACCUUUCUAUGUAUUAACUUACUAGGCCUACAAACAGCUCUAUGAGGUAGGUAAACUAAUAUCCCUAUGUUUAUAGAUGAGGAAACUGAAGAACAGAAAGCUUUUGCAAAGUGCCUGGGAAUCAAACGGCUAGUCAGUGGUGGGGAUGGGACUCAAAACCAGAUAAUCUGGUUCCAGGGUCCAUGUUCUUCACCAUUCAACACUGUGUCCCUCUGGCUGGUUCCAAGGCCCCAUGUCAAUGUUUUUUUGCUCUGGUUACAUGUUAGAAUCACUUGAGAAACUUAAAAAAAAUACCAAUUCCUCAACCCCAUUCCAGGUCAGUUAAAUCUCCUGAAGUAGGGCCCAGGCAUCAGAAAAUGUUAGAAUAUUCCAAGGACUUUUCAUACACAGCUAGAGUUGAGGAACCAUUUCCUCUAUGUGACCUAGCCCCUGUCUGCUGCCCCAACCCUAGAUUUUACCCCUAACCUUGCUCAUGCUAUUUUCACCCCUUCUUCCUGCCCUUAGAAGAGGCCAAGCUCUUUGCUGCCACUGAACUUUUGCGCUUGUUCCUCCUCUGCCUAGAACACCCCUUCCUGGCAUAUUCUGGGGAUUGAGUAUGACUUUAGAGAUCCUAAACCCUGGAAAGAUUAAGGGUCCUCUACACUGCCCAUCUAAAUAAAAAUAAACACAAUAUUACAUUUUUAAAAUAUGUAUAAGGGGGGGCCUACAGCAUUCUCAUUUUCCUAAGGGGUCUACUUCCAUGUCUUUUUUGAUGUAUAAAAAUAAACAUUUUCAAAGGAAAUUUUGGUGCUUCUACCUUACCAGUACCUUACCAGUACCUUAGCUUGUUUUGGGGAAUCCAGACCUAAAUCUUUUGGACUCAUCCCAAAUGUCACCUUCUCAGGGGGACUUCUCUUAUCUGUCCUUUCUAAAGUGGCAUUCUUCCCUUCCUGAGACCCAUCCAUCACACCAUUCUGGUUUUCUCGUAUUUCGUAGAAAGCAUCAAAAUUUGUAAUUGUCAGGUAUAGUUUUUAGUUUACUAGCUUAUUGCUUGUCUUCUUUAUGAAGGAGGGUCCUGUCUGUCUUAUUUGUUGCUAUAACCUCCUCACCUAGUGCAAUGCCUGAUACAAAGUAAGUGAUAGUUCCUGAAUGAAUGAAUGAAUGUAGGCUCAUGGACGGCAAGCAGCACAGAGUAGAUUAUAAUCCCAAGGCAGAUAGACUCAUUUGGGUUGUUACCUUGUAAGACACUUUCUUCAUGGGGUGGGAAGGGAGAAGUGAAUUCAUAGAAAGAGAGGACUGUUGUUGAAAGAGGGAGGGCCAUGGCCUCUGCAACCUGGUGAAGUCUCAGAGCUCAGGAUAUGGCAGAAAGAACAUGCUGUGAUGUUGCAUGGAUUCUGGGUGUGGUGAGAGCUGAUACUUACUUUUGGAUAGUCAUUUCCCUGUGUCUUCUCCAAACUUUCAGUAAAGUUUCUUAAACUCAACAGCUAAGUGUUUUGUUAUUUGGAAAAUUGAGGAAAGACCAUGUGUUCAUGCUCUGCUUUGGGGGCCAAGAUAGGCAAGAGAGAUUGGUGACAGCAUAGAGAAAUGGUGAUAAGAAAGCUUGACGUGUUUGGGGGCAGCAACAACUAGAAUGGAUUUGUACAUUAGCAUCUAACUUUAGAAUUCCCAGAAUUAUUGUUAUUUGGAUAGUAGAGGAAAGAGUGACUCUUGGAUGGCUAAAGAAGUCGAGGUUAUUCUGGUUGCAAAAUUAAUAAGUUAUUUGGUAAUUAUGUGUUUAAUGUCUGUGUCCCAUGACACAGUAGACUUCCUCUGGAUAAUGAUUGUGUGUGAGUUGUUUACUACUACGUUGCUGGGUUCCUGGCAUUGGGUGGGCACUCAAUAAAUAUUUGUUGAAUGAAUGAAUGGUUCUGGGUGUUUUUGUGUUUCUAGGUUAUAAGUCAGAAGGGUCUGCUGAAAUGUGAUGGGGAAAACUAGAAGAAAAGUCCAGGCCCUGAGAGUGAAUACCAGACAGAAGCUGGGGGUGGAAGAGUAUCAAUAUGCAAUAUGCAGACUGAUUUGCCGAGGAGGAUUCAGAUAGGAGAUUCAGACUCCCAGAACAACUAAAAGGAUAACAGGCACUGUCAAAGAUCUAGACAGAAAGGCCAGAAAAGCAGCAGUUGGAACACACAGAGGGACUGUUGCUGGACCCUGGGUACCUGGCUGAAGACUUUGGACUUUAACCUGGAGAUGAUGGAGAGUAUGCAGGAUAAAGUCCAUACCAAAUCCAAUGCCUAGCAAAUGGAGAACAAGCCAAAACUAACAAGAUAAAAUGUAGCAGGAAAAAGUGCAAAGCAAAGCAUAUCCUAAAGUAUUAGCUCUGUGAUCUUGUCCACGCUACUUAAUGGUGAAGUUGUAAAAAGAGGAGUAUAAGAUCUUCCUGAAAGAGUCAUCUUAAAGGACCACAGGGAUUCCUAAACAAGGUCAUGGCUACUGGGGAGUUUACAGCUCCUAAGGAAUAGGGUGGAAUGCGCAAAGCACAGAUGCUCAGCUUGGGGCCUGGGGCUUCCCUGGAGGAGGAGAAGAGGAGUGGCCCAAACCUGCUCAUUGCCCACCGCCACAGGCAGGUGGGCAUUGUGGAGCUCACUACAAGAACUCUGGGACCGACCGACCAACCCACUUGCCCAGUCCCGUCCUGGGAGGUGGGGGUGCAGUGACGACAGAUGGGUGUGACGGCUGCCAGAUUCCUGAGACCCGCCCUGCGGUGGGGCUACACCCAGCCAGGGAGUCUCCAGAGGUGAGGCUGUUGUUUAAAAACCUGGAGCCGGGAGGGGAGACCCCCACAUUCAAGAGGAGCUUUCAGGCGAUCUGGAGAAAGAACGGCAGAACACACAGCAAGGGAAGGUCCUUUCUGGGGAUCACCCCAUUGGCUGAAGAUGAGACCAUUCUUCCUCUUGUGUUUUGCCCUGCCUGGCCUCCUGCAUGCCCAACAAGCCUGCUCCCGUGGGGCCUGCUAUCCACCUGUUGGGGACCUGCUUGUUGGGAGGACCCGGUUUCUCCGAGCUUCAUCUACCUGUGGACUGACCAAGCCUGAGACCUACUGCACCCAGUAUGGCGAGUGGCAGAUGAAAUGCUGCAAGUGUGACUCCAGGCAGCCUCACAACUACUACAGUCACCGAGUAGAGAAUGUGGCUUCAUCCUCCGGCCCCAUGCGCUGGUGGCAGUCACAGAAUGAUGUGAACCCUGUCUCUCUGCAGCUGGACCUGGACAGGAGAUUCCAGCUUCAAGAAGUCAUGAUGGAGUUCCAGGGGCCCAUGCCCGCCGGCAUGCUGAUUGAGCGCUCCUCAGACUUCGGCAAGACCUGGCGAGUGUACCAGUACCUGGCUGCCGACUGCACCUCCACCUUCCCUCGGGUCCGCCAGGGUCGGCCUCAGAGCUGGCAGGAUGUUCGGUGCCAGUCCCUGCCUCAGAGGUCUAAUGCACGCCUAAAUGGGGGGAAGGUCCAACUUAACCUUAUGGAUUUAGCAUCUGGGAUUCCAGCAACUCAAAGUCAAAAAAUUCAAGAGCUGGGGGAGAUCACAAACUUGAGAGUCAAUUUCACCAGGCUGGCCCCUGUGCCCCAAAGGGGCUACCACCCUCCCAGCGCCUACUAUGCUGUGUCCCAGCUCCGUCUGCAGGGGAGCUGCUUCUGUCACGGCCAUGCUGAUCACUGCGCACCCAAGCCUGGGGCCUCUGCAGGCCCCUCCACCGCUGUGCAGGUCCACGAUGUCUGUGUCUGCCAGCACAACACUGCCGGCCCAAAUUGUGAACGCUGUGCACCCUUCUACAACAACCGGCCCUGGAGACCUGCGGAGGGCCAGGACGCCCAUGAAUGCCAAAGGUGCGACUGCAAUGGGCACUCAGAGACAUGUCACUUUGACCCCGCUGUGUUUGCCGCCAGCCAGGGGGCAUAUGGAGGUGUGUGUGACAAUUGCCGGGACCACACCGAAGGCAAGAACUGUGAGCGGUGUCAGCUGCACUAUUUCCGGAACCGGCGCCCGGGAGCUUCCAUUCAGGAGACCUGCAUCCCCUGCGAGUGUGAUCCGGAUGGGGCAGUGCCAGGGGCUCCCUGUGACCCAGUGACCGGGCAGUGUGUGUGCAAGGAGCAUGUGCAGGGAGAGCGCUGUGACCUAUGCAAGCCGGGCUUCACUGGACUCACCUACGCCAACCCGCAGGGCUGCCACCGCUGUGACUGCAACAUCCUGGGCUCCCGGAGGGACAUGCCGUGUGACGAGGAGAGUGGGCGCUGCCUUUGUCUGCCCAACGUGGUGGGUCCCAAAUGUGACCAGUGUGCUCCCUACCACUGGAAGCUGGCCAGUGGCCAGGGCUGUGAACCGUGUGCCUGCGACCCGCACAACUCCCUCAGCCCACAGUGCAACCAGUUCACAGGGCAGUGCCCCUGUCGGGAAGGCUUUGGUGGCCUGAUGUGCAGCGCUGCAGCCAUCCGCCAGUGUCCAGACCGGACCUACGGAGACGCGGCCACAGGAUGCCGAGCCUGUGACUGUGAUUUCCGGGGAACAGAGGGCCCGGGCUGCGACAAGGCAUCGGGCCGCUGCCUCUGCCGCCCUGGCUUGACCGGGCCCCGCUGUGACCAGUGCCAGCGAGGCUACUGCAACCGCUACCCGGUGUGCGUGGCCUGCCACCCUUGCUUCCAGACCUAUGAUGCGGACCUCUGGGAGCAGGCCCUGCGCCUUGGUAGACUCCGCAAUGCCACCGCCAGCCUGUGGUCAGGGCCUGGGCUGGAGGACCGUGGCCUGGCCUCCCAGAUCCUAGAUGCAAAGAGUAAGAUUGAGCAGAUCAGAGCAGUUCUCAGCAGCCCUGCAGUCACAGAGCAGGAGGUGGCUCAGGUGGCCAGUGCCAUCCUCUCCCUCAGGCGAACUCUCCAGGGCCUGCAGCUGGAUCUGCCCCUGGAGGAGGAGACGUCCCUUCCGAGAGACCUGGAGAGUCUGGACAGAAGCUUCAAUGGUCUCCUUACUAUGUAUCAGAGGAAGAGGGAGCAGUUUGAAAAAAUAAGCAGUGCUGAUCCUUCAGGAGCCUUCCGGAUGCUGAGCACUGCCUACGAGCAGUCAGCCCAGGCUGCUCAGCGGGUCUCCCACAGCUCGCGCCUUUUGGACCAGCUCAGAGACAGCCGGAGAGAGGCAGAGAGGCUGGUGCGGCAGGCGGGAGGAGGAGGAGGCACCGGCAGCCCCAAGCUUGUGGCCCUGAGGCUGGAGAUGUCUUCGUUGCCUGACCUGACACCCACCUUCAACAAGCUCUGUGGCAACUCCAGGCAGAUGGCUUGCACCCCAAUAUCAUGCCCUGGUGAGCUAUGUCCCCAAGACAAUGGCACAGCCUGUGGCUCCCACUGCAGGGGUGUCCUUCCCAGGGCCGGUGGGGCCUUCUUGAUGGCGGGGCAGGUGACUGAGCAGCUGCGGGGCUUCAAUGCCCAGCUCCAGCAGACCAGGCAGAUGAUUAGGGCAGCCGAGGAAUCUGCCUCACAGAUUCAAUCCAGUGCCCAGCGCUUGGAGACCCAGGUGAGCGCCAGCCGCUCCCAGAUGGAGGAAGAUGUCAGACGCACACGGCUCCUAAUCCAGCAGGUCCGGGACUUCCUAACAGACCCCGACACUGAUGCAGCCACUAUCCAGGAGGUCAGCGAGGCCGUGCUGGCCCUGUGGCUGCCCACAGACUCAGCUACUGUUCUGCAGAAGAUGAAUGAGAUCCAGGCCAUUGCAGCCAGGCUUCCCAACGUGGACUUGGUGCUGUCCCAGACCAAGCAGGACAUUGCGCGUGCCCGCCGGUUGCAGGCUGAGGCUGAGGAAGCCAGGAGCCGAGCCCAUGCAGUGGAGGGCCAGGUGGAAGAUGUGGUUGGGAACCUGCGGCAGGGGACAGUGGCACUGCAGGAAGCUCAGGACACCAUGCAAGGCACCAGCCGCUCCCUUCGGCUUAUCCAGGACAGGGUUGCUGAGGUUCAGCAGGUACUGCGGCCAGCAGAAAAGCUGGUGACAAGCAUGACCAAGCAGCUGGGUGACUUCUGGACACGGAUGGAGGAGCUCCGCCGCCAAGCCCGGCAGCAGGGGGCAGAGGCAGUCCAGGCCCAGCAGCUUGCGGAAGGUGCCAGCGAGCAGGCAUUGAGUGCCCAAGAGGGAUUUGAGAGAAUAAAACAAAAGUAUGCUGAGUUGAAGGACCGGUUGGGUCAGAGUCCCAUGCUGGGUGAGCAGGGCGCCCGGAUCCAGAGUGUGAAGACAGAGGCAGAGGAGCUGUUUGGGGAGACCAUGGAGAUGAUGGACAGGAUGAAAGACAUGGAGUUGGAGCUGCUGCGGGGCAGCCAGGCCAUCAUGCUGCGCUCAGCGGACCUGACAGGACUGGAGAAGCGUGUGGAGCAGAUCCGUGACCACAUCAAUGGGCGCGUGCUCUACUAUGCCACCUGCAAGUGAUGCUACAGCUUCCAGCCCCUUGCCCCACUCAUCUGCCGCCUUUGCUUUUGGUUGGGGGCAGAUUGGGUUGGAAUGCUUUCCAUCUCCAGGAGACUUUCAUGCAGCCUAAAGCACAGCCUGGACCACCCCUGGUGUGUAGCUAGUAAGAUUACCCUGAGCUGCAGCUGAGCCUGAGCCAGUGGGACAGUUACACUUGACAGACAAAGAUGGUGGAGAUUGGCAUGCCAUUGAAACUAAGAGCUAUCAAGUCAAGGAAGCUGGGCUGGGCAGUAUCCCCCGCCUUUAGUUCUCCACUGGAGAGGAAUCCUGGACCAAGCACAAAAACUUAACAAAAGUGAUGUAAAAAUGAAAAGCCAAAUAAAAAUCUUUGGAAAAGAGCCUGGAGGUUCAACGAGGAAAAA